AUGGCGUAUUUGGUUUCAUUGCGUGAGAACACCCGUACACAAACGAACCAUCAAAGAUCAGCCGCGAUGCUGAAAAUUUCAGCCGAAUUCACCACCAAAUUUUCUAUUGGAGAAAAUUGGUCAUUUUCAUUAUUAUUAUUAUUAUUAUUAUUAUUAUUAUUAUUAUUAUUAUUAUUAUUAUUAUUAUUAUUAUUAUUAUUAUUAUUAUUAUUAUUAUUAUUAUUAUUAUUAUUAUUAUUAUUAUUAUUAUUAUUAUUAUUAUUAUUAUUAUUAUUAUUAUUAUUAUUAUUAUUAUUAUUAUUAUUAUUAUUAUGUUGUGAAGUGAAUAGCGUUGAUGAUCCUUUUCCGAUGCAUCUACGCGUUCGACAUCAAUUCAAAAUAGUUUGA